UGGCAAUGUUUGGCGAUGCAGAUCCUGUGCCAGUGGCAAAAAAGUUUGUUUUUAAGUGGACGGAUGAAAUGACGUUCAGUUUUAUUCGAUUUAGGUCUGAAAAUGACCAUCUCUUCACUGGGCACAGAAAUGCCUCUACUCAAGGCUAUGACGAAAUAAUAAAAAUAAUGGACUUGGAGGGGAAAGUAACUCCUCAACAAUGCAAGAAGAAAUGGGAAAACCUAAAGAAAAAAUAUAAGGACUUGUCACUUCCAAAAACUGGGUCAGGGACAGAUGAGGGAGAAGUUACUGCAGCAACUUGGAUUUUCUAUGCUGCCAUGCACGAAGCAAUUGGCCAGAGGCCAUCCGUUAGACCAGUCAGCUUCUACUCUUCAGGGCCAAGCAGUGUAGUGGUCAGCCAGACGGAGAAUGAAGACAAGGUGGACACAGCAUCUCUGUCAGCAGCAGGAGCAGCGAGCUCAGAGGUGAGCUCUCCAGAAAGUUCUCCAGUUGUGACGCUGAAGAGGCCGAGGAAAAGGAAGAAGAGUGAUGAGAGUGCAGCGGAGGGCCUUAGGGAAUGGUGUGAGAACAUGGAGAGGAGGCAAAAAGAAGAAGAUGAUCGUGACAGAGCCUGGCUUAACCAUUCCCAGGGACAAAUGGAUAAAAUGCUAAAUCUGUUUGGGAAACUUGUUGACCACCUUACCAAGUAAAGUGGUUAACAGGUUUUAUUUUAUCCAUUUGCCACAGAAAAUGCAUAUGUUCUCAAAAAUGUAAG